AUGGAGUUCUUGAAGAGAAAGAGGAAAAACUCAAAGGGGUUGGCGACUAUGGCCGGAAACACGGCGAAGUUGGCCCGGCAGAUGAUGGUGCUCGACAAGACGGAGGCGGCCCUCGACCGCGAGAUGCAGCACGAGGCGGAACGUGGAGAGCCCACAACCAAAGUACAAAGGGUUAGGCGGAAGGGCGAGAAAGCCCUGCACACCAAGUACGUGCUGCUGGCCGUCGUCAUCCUCAACAUCAUCGACUGUUUGCUCGUGCUCGGAGAACUCAUGCUCGACAUUAAAUACGUCACAGACCUACUGACGAAGGAGUACGACCGGUCAGAUAAAUUUAUUGGGGAGAUGAAGCUGCUGUAUCCUGCGCGGCUCGGCCGCCUCGAGGACGACGACAUCGUUGGCCUUCAGCAUCAGAUUCUCAUUGGUCACACCGUGUGGGACAGCGCCACAAAUAGUAGCGGUCAAUGGUCGGCUGGCGUCCAUACAAGACGGCGACGGGCCGGCGACGCAGCCGAAAAUGCGACCGCAGUCGGGAACGAGAAACUUAUAACGCACGUGCAUUAUCCACACACCAUCGAGGAGCAGAUUGCGAUCGUGUUUCACAAAGCCAGCAUAUCCAUCCUCGGCAUACUGUGUGUGGAGAUACUUGUAAAGAUAUUUUGCCUGGGCAAAGAAUUGUUACAUCACAAACUCGAGUGUUUUGACGCGUUUGUCGUGAUAGCAUCGUUCGUGAUUGACCUGGUGUUCCUGGGCGGGCUACAGGACUACGCGGUGCAGGAGUACAUGCUCAUCCUCGCCUUCAUGGUUCCCUGGCGGAUCAUUAGGGUCGUCAAUAGUUUGGUGGUUGCGAGCAUGGACCAUCAGCACCUGCGGCUGGUGAUUCUCUACAAGCAGAAAAAGCAGACGGCGAAGGAACUACAGGAGGUCAAGGACGAGAACAAGGGACUCGAGGCGUGUAUCGAUGAGCUGGGGAAGUUGUGCGCAAGUGCUGGGAUUCCAGACACCCAUGUAAAGGCAAAACUAAACAUGUACCGGAGGGCCAAACCCAAGACGAUCAUGAUGGGUGUCAUGUCUUGUUUCGCCUUCGGAGGGGAAGAUAUGGACACACAUUUCAAGGUCGGGCUGCCCAUGACCAACGGCCACGAAACCGUUAACUUAAAAACCGAACAGAAUCAUACAGCCAAAAACGAUGCGAUGGGACUUCAAGAGGAGAGCGUGGGGGUACAAGUAGCGGACGGCAUACAGGAAGGCUGCGCAGACAACAGGGGAUUUGAAAAGGCAGCAGACGUAUUGAGCAACAGCUGUGAAUCCUUAGCCAUGGCGUUCAUGAAAAGAAGGAGGAAAAACACAAUGGGGCUGGCGACUCUUGCCGGAAACACGGCGAAGAUGGCCCAGCAGAUGAUGGUGCUCGACAAGACGGAGGCGUCCCUCGACCGCGAGAUACAACACGAGGCGGAGCGUGGAGAGCCCACAACCAAAGUACAAAGGGUUCGGCGGAAGGGCGAGAAAGCCCUGCACACCAAGUACGUGCUGCUGGCCGUCGUCAUCCUCAACAUCAUCGACUGUUUGCUCGUGCUCGGAGAACUAAUGCUCGACAUUAAAUACGUCACAGACCUUCUGACGAAGGAGUACGACCGGUCUGAGAAGUUUAUUGGGGAGAUGAAGCUGCUGUAUCCUGCGCGGCUCGGCCGCCUGGAGGACGACGACAUCGUUGGCCUUCAGCAUCAGAUCCUCAUUGGUCACACCGUGUGGGACAGCGCCAUCAACAGCAGUAGUCACUCGGCUGAGCGCCACACAAGACGGCGACGGACCGGAGUCACAGCAGAACAUCCGACCGGGUCGGGAGUCGGGAACGAGACGCUGAUAACGCACGUGCAUCACGCACACAGCAUCGAGGAGCAGAUUGCGCACGGGCUCCACAAAGCCAGCAUAUCCAUCCUCGGCAUACUGUGUGUGGAGAUACUUGUAAAGAUAGUUUGCCUGGGCAAAGAAUUGUUACAUCACAAACUCGAGUGUUUCGACGCGUUCGUCGUUAUAGCAUCGUUUGUGGUUGACCUGGUGUUCCUGGGCGGGCUGCAGGACUUCGAGGUGCAGGAGUUUGUGCUCAUUCUCGCCUUCAUGGUUCCCUGGCGUAUCAUCAGGGUCGUCAACAGUUUGGUGGUUGCGAUCAUGGAUCACGAGCACCUGCGGCUGGUGAUUCUCUACAAGCAGAAGAAGAAGACGGCGAAGGAACUACAGGAGGUCAAGGACGAGAACAAGGGACUCGAGGCCUGUAUCUCUGAGUUGGGGAAGUUGUGUGAAAGUGCCGGGAUACCGGACACGCAUGUCAAGGCAAAACUAAACAUGUACCGGAAGGUCAAAGCAAAGACAAACAUGAUGGGCGCCAUGUCAAGUUUCGCUAUCGGAGGGGACGCUAUGAACAAUCCCUUCAAGGUCGGGCUGCCAAAAUCCAACGGCAACGUCACCAUUAACGUGGAAAACGAACAGAAUCAUACAGAUACAGCCAGCACGACUGCUGAGAAUUUGGAGGAUGUGACAACAAUAGCCAAUGAGACGUCCAAGACUGCGAACGCUACCGGCUCCAACCUGACCAACAGUGCCUCCCCUCGGCUCCCCCGGGGGCUCCUCGACGACAGGCCCAGGAGUCUUUCGGUGAUCGAGGUCCGGGAGAUGGACGAGAAGCCGCGCAGAAACUCGUUCCUGGCGGAGCUGGCUGAGAACAGCGCCGCCUUCAUGGCCACAAUCUCAGACGACACAGAAACCCAUUUCAGCAGCCAUCCUCCAGUGAGAGGAGAGGAAGCGGAAGUAGGGAUCACCAAACUGGGAGUUACGGAGGACAGGGGGGAGACGCUCACAGACGACUCAUUUAACAGUAAAACCCAAAACGACACGAUAGAACUUCUUCACGAGGGUAGCGCGGGAGUACAAUUAGCAGACGACAAACAGAAUGAUUGCUCGGACAAUAAAGGAUUUGACAAGACCACAGACUAG